AUGUCUGAGGAGCCGUCCCGCACCCUGAGCUUGUGGGCGACGCUCCUGCAGGGACCUUCGGAAAGUAGCGGCAGCGAAUGUCCGCAGCAACCAGAAUUGGGCCUCGGUUCCAAAGAAGGACAAGGUCCACUUCUCCAGGAUUUCAAACAGGAGGAGACAUCAGCAGCAGACAGUGAGCAGAACAGUGAGAAUUAUGGGGAGCCACACUUGGUGUCAUUAGAAAAGGUGAAGACUGAAGAAGAGGAAGAUAUGUUUGUAUAUCGAGAACCCCAAGAGCAUUUGAAGAGUGAUUCAGAUACUGACAGUGCAGAUUCCUCCUCUUCUGAUGUACCCCUGAAUAUACAGGUGGUAGAUUUCAAAGAAGAAAGCCCAGAAACAGAUGUCAUGCACAGCACACCAUAUCAGUAUCAACCACAGUUUAAUGCACAACACAACAGCAACACAGGAGGGAGAUCAUUUCAAUGCCAUGAGUGUGGAAUACUCUCAACAUGCCACAGUAGCUUUGUUAAGCAUCAAAGAAUCCACACAGGAGAGAAACCAUAUGGAUGUCCUUUGUGUGGAAAGUAUUUCAAUCAGAGUGGAUCACUUACUCAACAUAUAAGAACCCACACAGGGGAGAAGCCAUUCAGAUGUACUGAGUGUGGAAAGUGUUUCACUCAGCAGGGAAGCCUUACUCAACAUCGAAGGAUCCACACAGGCGAGAAACCGCAUGAAUGCCAGGAGUGCGGAAAGCGCUUCACUGAGCGUGGAAGUUAUACUCGACAUCGAAGAAUCCACACAGGGGAGAAGCCAUAUAAAUGCCAGGAUUGUGGAAUGUGCUUCACUCAGAGUGGAACCCUUGCUCAACAUCGAAGAAUCCAUACAAAGGAGAAACCAUACAAAUGCAAGAAGUGUGGAAAGUGCUUCAGUCAGAGUGCAACUCUUAAGCAACAUCAAAAAACCCACAAGUAGGCGAAACCGUUUUAAUUCUUGGUGUGUGGAAAGAGCUUCAAUCAAAGUGCAUCACUUAAUUCAAAUCACAGAACAAACACAAGAUAAUCUGUUGUAAUGCAUGGAGUGUGGGAAGCAUUUCAGUGACAAUGGAACUCUUACUUGACAUCAAAGAACCCACCCAGGAAGAAACCAUUUAAAUUCAUGGAGUGUGGAAAGAGCUCCAGUCAAAGUGGAUUGCUUACUUCACGUCACGGUCUGUGAUAAAUUAUGCUAUGUUCCUCAUCCCUUCCUCAUUCUCCAUAAGGCCCCUAAUUUUAUUUUAUUUUUGCCUGUCUCCAUUGGAAAGUUAUUCCAUUUUUAUUGUAAAAUUGUCUGAUGUCAUUUGCAGCAUUUGGAUUUCAGAUUUGUUAGUUAGUGCUAAAUCCAUGGCUUUAUUGAUGCUUUAGUUAAGUCUGCAAUUUAUCCCACUAGCAUCUUGACUUUCUUUUUCAACGAAACUAAAGCUCCAAUCCCAAGGAAAAGUUUGCUGGGUUAUAUUAAUAUAGGCAUUGGCCUCUCUGCUUUUGUGCCUUUGUGUGUGCAGGUAUUUGCCUUUGACAUGUCAGGUUCUGGGGGCUCAGCUGAGUCUUCAGAGAAGGCACUGUUAGUUUCAUCUCUUAAGUCCAAUUUUGGCACUUUCUUUUCAGGUCCACAGUAGUCUUGAAGCAUUAUCUUGAUGUGAUUAUGGUUUAUUAGCAGUUUAAAUGCUU